AUGCCGCGCGCGCCCGCCGACGACGAGGGGUUCGCGAAGUGGCGCGCGAUUCAGGUGUGGGCGUCCAUCGACUCAGUGGAAGCCGCCGCGGACCGGGGAGGAGGAGAGGGAGCGGCGCGAACGAGGAAAGCCACCCCUCCCUCGUCGCCGCCCAAGGACCAGGACGGCGAAAUCUCCAUCGGCGGCGGCGUCGUGCGCGGCGUCGGCGUCGUGAACGACGACGACGACGACGACGACGACGCGGCUCUGCGCGGACUCCCGGACACGCUCUCCCCGGCGGUGUACCGAGCGCAACGCGCGGAGCCGCCGACGACGGCGGUCAUCGCGGAGAUCCAACCCGCGCUGCUUCGGUCGCACGCCGCGACGCGCUUCCGCGGCGAGGCGACGGCGACGCGCGCGCCGGCGACCGCGCGCGACGCGCGAACCCCGGGCGAGGAGACGGCGGCGGACGGCGACGACGACGCCGCGACGCCGCCGCCGGAGUGGCUGACGCCGCCGCCGGCGGGCGCCGCGCCCGCGAACGCGUCCACGACGCCCGCGUCCGCGACGCCCGCGGGCGACGCCGCGCUCGAGAUCGAGGUCACGCGUCGACGCGAGCGCGAGGCGCGCCGCGCGAUCGACAAGAUGGACGCCGCGAUGCGCAAGCUGCGACGCGAACGCGACGACGCGAGCGAGCGCGCGCUGCGAGAUCGCGCCGCGUUGACGGCGCUCGGCGCCAGGGAACGCGAAGCCGCCGCCGACGCCGUGCGCGCGAAGACGGAGUGCGACGACCUGAGGAAGCGCGCGGACGCCGCGGUGGCGGCCGCGCGCGCGUUCGAGACGCGGCUGAGGGAGCUGACGGAGUCCGCGAGUCGCGAGAGCGGCUCGAAGGCGAAGGCGGUGGAGGAACUAGAGGCGGCGUUGAUCGUCGAAAAAGAAAAAGUCGCCGCGUUGGAAGCGAGCGAAGGGUGGGAGCGCGCGCGGUGCGAAGAGAAGGACGUCGCGCUGCUCCGCGCGAAGACCGCCGCGGAGGAGGACGCGAAGGAGAGGGCGCGAGCGAUCGCCGCGCUGGAAGACGAGGUGCAGGUUUUGCGCGCGCGAGUGUCGGCGGGGGACGCGCGUCGGAAAGAAUUCGACGCGCGAGAGGCGGACGUCGCGCGCGUCAAAGAGGAACUGAAGCGCGCGCAGGGCGGCGUGAGCGGCGUCGUCGCCGCGUCGCUGCGGCGCGCGCGCGCGAUGCUCCGCGGCGCGCUCGGCGAGGGCGCGGCGGCGGCGCAUGACGUCGACGAAUCGGGCGAGAAGGACGCGGAGUCGUCGUCGUCGUCCCCGGAGUCGGAGGCGUCGAAGCUCGUCGCUGUCGUCGAGUCCGCCGCCGACGCGCUCGCCGCGCGCCUCGACGCCGCCGCAUCCGACCGCGAGAUCCUCACGCGGCGCCUCAAGGCUGCGGGCGACUUCGAGCGCGGCGCCGCGGAGCUCCGAGACGCGGUCGUCCGCGCCACGGAGGCGUCCGCGAAGGCGGCAGAGGCGGCGGAGGAGGCGAGGCUCGAACGCGACGCCGCCGUCCGCGCGGCGGACGCGGCGACGACGCGCGCGAAGGACGCGGUCGACGCCGCGCGACGCGAGCGCGCCAAGGCGUGCGAGAUCGAGGCGCGCGCGGAGGCGACCGAGGACGCGCGGACCGCCGCGAUCCAAGCCGCGGAGGCGCGCGCGGACGCCGCGGAGGCGAAGGCCGCGGCGGCGACGCGCGAGGCGAAGACUUCGGAACGCGGCGCAAAGGCUGAGGCGAAGGCGGCGGCGAAGGCGCGAGCGAUCGCGGAGGAGGAGCGCGACGCCGCGCGGAGGGAGCGCGACGCGGCGGUGAAACGCGCGCUCGCGAGUGAGGCUGCGACCGCGGCGGCGACCGCGGAGGCGGGCGCGAAGGAAGCCGCCGCGUUGGCCGCGACGAGCGCCGGCGAGGAGCUCACGACGCUCGUCGCCAAGUACUCGAAGGAUACGAAAUCGGCUAAAAUGGAGGCGUUACAAGCGUGCGACCGCGCUGCGAACGCGGAAGCGGACGCGGCCGCCGCAAAAGCCGCGGAGCGCGCCGCGGCGGAGCGCGCGACCGCCGCGGAAGCGAGCGCGGCGCUCGCGCGCGAGGAAGCCGCCGCCGCGAGGGAGGACGCCGCGGUGAAGACGGAGCGCAUCAGAGAGCUCCGCGGCGCCGUCGCGGACGCGCUCGGCGCCAGGGCGGACGACGAGAGCAAAGUCCGCGAGCUGGACGACGUCGCGUCCGCGGCGGCGGCGAAGAUCACGGCGUUGCAGUCCGCGGUCAUCGCCGCGGAGACGGCGCGAGACGACGCGCGCGCGCGCUUGAUCGACGCCGCCGCGGGCGCCGACGCCGACGCGAAAAAAAUCGCCGCGUUGGACGCGGAAGUCACGAGCGCGCGGAUCGCGUUGGAGUCGCUCCGCGUCGCCGCGGACGAGGAAAAACGCGCGCGCGUCGUCGCGGAGAAGGUCGCGGUGAGCGCGGAGUCGCGCGUCGCCGCCGCGGAGGAAACGGCUAAAAUGGAGGCGUUACAAGCGACGGCGACGAAGGCGACGCUGGAGGAGACGCGUCGCGCGGCGACGUCGCGAGAGGAGGAGAGCAGAGCCGCGUUCGCCGCGAUUCUGAGCGCGUUGGACUCCGCCGUCGCGGGCGCGUUCGCCGCGCCAGGUGCCGACUUUGACGACGAGAAUCAGGAGGGUGCCGAAGAAGGUGCCGAAGCGUCGACGACGUCCCCGGUCCCGGACUUUGCCGCGCUUCGCCCCGCGUCGCUCGCGCCGCCGACGGGGACGACGCUCGAUCACGGCUUUUUCCUCCGCCGCGCGGAUGACGAAGUCGAAGUCGCGUCCGCCGCCGGCGCCGGCUCUCCCCCGCUCUCCGGGGAUAAAAUCGCGGCCGCGGCGACCGCGCGCGGCGUGUGGGCGGUCUCGCAGCUCGCCGAGCGCGUCCUCGCGAUCGCCGCGGCGAGCGACGCGCGCGGUCGCGUCGCGAGGGCGGCGACGGCGACGGCGAAAGCGGCGGAACGCGCGGAAGCCGCCGCCGCCGCGGCGACCGAGCGUCUCGUCGCCGACGGCGCCGCGCGCGCGGAGACCGCGGAGGCGGCGCGCGCGGAGGCGAUCGACGCCGCGGCGCGCGCGAACGACGCGCUGCGCGCCUCGGAGGCGCGCGUCGACGACCUCGAACGCGCGCUCGACGCGGUGAAGACAGCCGCGCUCGACGCCGCCGCGGAGGCGUCGGCGGCGUCCGAACGCGCGGCGAUGGCGGAGGAGGCGUCCGUCGCGACGCGCGCGGACGCCGCCGCCGCGGAGGCGGUCGCCGCGGAGGCGACGUCCCAGGCGACGGUCGCGGCCGCGGAGGCGACGCGACUCGGCGAGGCGCUGACGGCGGCGCGCGCGGACGCGGCGGCGGCGCGCGCGGAGGCGGAGGCGCACGCGACGAUCGCGCAAAAGGCGCAGGACGAGGCGCUCGCGGCGACGAUCGCGCGGUGCGAUCUCGAGAAGGAUCUCGCCGCGGUCGUCACCGGGCAGCAGACCGCGAUGCGAGCGCUCGAGUCCGCGGUGCGACGCGCGGAGGAGUACGCCAAGGAGGCGGCGACGCUGCGAUGCCGUCUCCCGUUGACGUCGAGUCGCGUCGCCGCGGCGCGUCGCGCGCGAUCCGCCGCGCUCGCGAAGGCGACCGCGACGCGCCGCGAGCUCAUCCGCGCGAAGGAGACGAUCGCGCGCGGGAUCGAAGAGCGCGCGACGCUGCGCCGCUUCGCGGAGAAGGCGGAGGCGAGCGCGGCGAGAGCGGCGACGACGCGGAAGCACGACGCUCUGAAACGCGCGCUCAAGAACAGCGCGGAGCGGCUCGCGAGCUCGGAGAAGGAAGCCGUCGCGACGCUCGCGGCGUCGGAGCGGCGCGUCGAGGUCGCGGAGGCGUCGUCCAAGGCGGCGAGGGAGCGCGCGACGGCGGCGGCGAAGGCGUCGCGAAGGAUGGAGAAGCAGUGCGCCGAGUUGACCGAGGCGAACGCGUCGGCGCGCGCGAGCGCGGCGGCGGCGAACGCGCGCGCGUCGGACCUCGCCGCGAGGCUGAAGGCGGUGGAGGCGGCGCUCGCGGCGGCGGCGAACGCGCGCGGAAGACGAAACGGCGAGGAAGACGAAACGUCGCUUCGCGCCGCGCUCGCCGCCGCGCUCGCCGCGAAAGCCUCCGCGGAGGAAAAGCUCUCCGUGGACGUCAAGCGCCUCGAGGACGAGUUCGUCGCCGCGCUAGCGGCCGCGCGCGCGGCGAACACGGCGAACACGGCGGGCGGCGAGUCGUUCUCGGACGCGAUCGCGUCGUUGGAGUCCGAGCUCGCGGCGUCUCGCACGGAGUGCGAAGCGCUGCGAAGCGCCGCCGACGCCGCCGCCGACGCCGCGCGCGACGCGCGGCUUCGCGAGGAGAAGAUGGAGGCGGCGCUCGUCGCCAACGCGCUGCCGCCGACGCCGCCGGGGGCGCUGUUCAAGCACGACGACUCGCUGUCGCCGGCGCCGGCGACGCCGGACGUCUUGGCGGCGGCGGCGGACACUAGUGUCGGACGACAACACGCGCCGCCGUCGGAAAACGAAGCCGUCGCCUUCGCCGACGCCGUCGCCGCGGCGACGGCGACGUUCCAAGCCGAGGCGACGCGCGCCAAGGCGGAGUCGUCGCGCGCGCGGAAAGACGCGGAGUCGAUCCUCGUCGCGGCCGAGGCGACGCGCGACGAGGCUGUCGCCGCGCGCGACGCCGCCGCGAAGGCGACGGCGGAGCGCGACGCGCUCCGCGAAGAAGUGGCGACGCUCGAGGCGAAGCUCGCCGCCGCCGUCGCGGAGGCGGAGGCGUUCGCGGAAGCCGCGGCGGCGUCGCCCGCGGCGCCCGCGUCGCCCGCGUCGCCGGCGACGGCGCGGCUCGCGAACGACGACGACGACGACGGGAGCGCGCGCGCGUCCGCGAUGAGCGGGUCGAGCGACUCGGACGCGAUCGUCUCCGCGGUGGCGACGGCGCACCCCGCCGUCGACGCGAUUCGACGCGACGGCGGCGGCGGCAGCGGCGGGUCCAGCCGGUCCGCGUCGCCGCCGCCGAUGCCGUCGAUCCCAGAGCAUCGCGCCGCGCUCCCGGCCUCGACCUCGACCUCGACCUCGACCUCCUCCUCCUCCCUCCACGCGCACGCGCACAGCGAGCGCGAGGUGUUGCGGCAGGUGGCGCUCGAGGCUGCGUCCGAGGCGCGCGCGGCGAUCGCGAAGGAGCUCGCCGUCGCGCGCGCCGUUGCGAAGGAGGCGGAGGAGAGAGCCGCGGGGGCGACGACGCGCGCGUCCAAGGCGGAGAAGAUCGCGGAGGACGUGCUCCAGCACGCGGAGGCGGCGGAGCGCGCGUACGAGGCGAAGCUCAGGGACGCGGUCGACGCGAGGCGCGCGCUGGAGGAGGAGCUGAGGGAGACGCGGCGCGAGAAGCCGACGGCGAAAAAGCAAAAGCCGCCGCCGCCGCCGACGACGACGACGUCGACGUCCGUCGCGACGUCCACGCCGCCGCCGUCGCCCGCGGUGACGUCCACGACGCAGACGGAAGCGGAUGCGGAUGCGCCGGCUGCGUCCGAAGCGCCGCGCGAGGCGGCGGCGCUGGCGUUCGACGACGCCGCGCUCGAAGAACUCCGCGCGCGCGCGGACGCCGCGGAGGCGGCGGCGGAGGCGACGCGCGUCGAGCUCGAGACGGCGCGCGAAGAAUGCGCGAGACUGACCGCUCACGGCGCGUCGCUCGAAAAAGCCGCGUGCGCGGCCGCCGCGACCGCGUCCAAGGCGGAAGCGCGUUCCGCGGCGACGGAGACGGAGCUGCGCGCCGCGAUCGACGCCGCGACGUCGAGAGCGGACGGCUUCGAGGCGGCGCUCGCGGAAAAGUCCGCGGAAGACGCCGACGCGCGCGAGACGAUGACGCGCGCGGCGAAGGAGCUCGAGGCGUGCCGCGCGCGAUACCGCGCCGCGGAGGACGCGGCGAACAACGCCGCGGACGCGCGCGUCAUCGCCGCGGAGGAGUCGCGCGCGAUGCGGAGCGCGGCGGCGCAGCAGGCGGCGCGCGCUGACGCCGCGGAGGGGAAAAUUUCCGCGCUCGAGUCCUCCGCGCGCCUCGCCGCCGCCGCGCUCGCGGAGGCGCGCGCGUCCGCGACCGCGGCCGCGACCGCGGCCGCGCGCGCGGAGGAGAAGGCUGUCGCCGCGGAGCAGAGGGCGGCGUCGUCGAGAGCGGCGAUGGACGCGGCCGCGCACGCGAGGGACGACGCGGAGGCUGCCGCGGUUGGCGCCGCCGCCGAGGCGUCGUCGCUGCGGACGCGUCUGGAGCGGACGCUUGAGGAGCUGGAGCGCGUGAAAUCCGACGCCGCCGUCGCGGCGCGCGAGCGCGACGACGUCGCGGGCAGUCCGCGGACGCCGGCGACGACGCGCGGCGGUUCAGGCGGCGGUCGCGCGUCGCCCUUCGGCGUCGACGUCGCGGCGGCGGCGUUGCCGUCGCGGUACACGAACGAGGAGACCGCGGCGAUGACGGAUGAGAUCGUGCGUCGCCGAGUGCGCGAGGCGCAGCUCGAGGCGGACGCCGCGCGGCUGCGCGCGUCCCUAGACGCCGCGGAGGGGGCGCUGCGGGAGACGAGGGAGAAGCUCGCGGACGCCGAGGCGGCGGCGGCGGCGGCGGCGGCGGCCCGCGACGACGACGGCGACGACGACGACGUCGCCGCGCUUCGCAAAGCGCUCGCGGAGAGCCGCGCGACGAGCGAGAACUUCCGCGCGAUGCUCGAAUCCAAGGCGGCCGCGCUCAAGGAGACGGAGCGCCGCGCCGUGAACGCCGCGGAGGCGGCGGCGAAGGCGGCGGCGCUCGCCGCGCGCGGCUCGAACUCGAACGCGAACGACGCGUCGUCAGACGACGACGACGCCGUCGCCGCCGCCGUCGCCGCCGCCGUCGCGACGAAAAUGCGCGACGUCCAGUCCGUGAUCGAGACGUGGAAGACCGUCUGCGCGACGAAGCAGCGCGAGAUCACGGCGGCGACGCGCGAGAGGGACCGCGCGACGAGAGCGCUGGCGACGACGCGCGAAGAAGCGGAGCGCCUCGCCGCCGCGUUUGAAACCUCGGAAGCCGCCGUCGCGACGCUCGAGGCGUCUCUCGCGGACCUGCGCGCGAAGACGCAGAGCGGCGCCGCGACGGACGACGAGCGCGCGCGUCUGGCGUCGGAGUGGAGCGCGCGCGUGGAAGCCGCCGGCGCGAAGCUGGGCAGGGCGGAGGAGGAGGCGCGCGUCGCCGCGGCGGCGCUGGCCAGGGCGCUCGUCGGCGACGGCGACGGCGACGACGGCGACGACGACGACGCGUCGGCGGCGGAGGACGGCGACGCCGAAGAAGACGAAGCGACGCUGACGAAGAAGAAGACGGAGCGUCGUCGUCGCUCGACGAAGAAGGCGAAGGCGAUGCCCCUCGCCGCCGCCGUCGACGCCGCGACCGCGCGCUUAUCCUACCUCUCGCGUCGCCUCGAAGUCAUCGAGGCAGAGAACGCGAGAGCGCUGCGCGCGGACGAGCGCGCCUCCGCGGCGGAGGAGAAGGCGCUCCUCGCCGCGGAGACGCGCGCGGAGGACCUCGCGACGCGACUGCGCGCGGCGUCCGCCGCGCUGACGGAGACGAAAGCGCUCCUCGCGGACGCGGAGGCGAAUCGCGCGACGCUCGCGCUGCGCCUCGACGCCGCGGACGACGGCGUCGAGAAGGCGGAGGCGGCGCGUCGCGCCGUCGAGGAGAAGCUGGCGGCGACGGCGGCGGAGCAGACUUCGACGCAGUCGCGGUCGCUGAUGCUCCACGCGGAGUGCGCGGAGCUUCGCGAGAAGGUGGAACGGCGGAACCGCGAGGUGCGCGAGCUGAACCAGAUGCUCAAGGCGUGGGAGGCGAUGCGGCACUCGAAGGAUAAGCAGAUCGCGCAGCUCGUGGAGCGGUGUAAGCGUUUCGAGGACGACUCGUUCGAGAAGCAACGCAGCGUGGACGCGAUGCGCGCGCGCAUGGGCAGAGAGCGCGUUGGGGGUGGCGGCGGCGGUUCUUCUUCUUCUCCGAGUUUUGGUAACGGCACGCCAGGGAGCGUUUCAGGGAGGGGCCUUUCCAGAGGCAGUCCCGCGGCGUCGAACAGCGCGGCGUCGUCGUUUGCCUUUGAAACCGCGAGGUCAAAAAAACCGGCGGGCGCGCGCGGGUUGAACCUCCUCGAUCGGCGGCCGGGGGCGUCAACCUCGAUCGACAAGGAGAACCCACCCACGCCGGCGUCGGUCGGCAGCGUCAAGACGAUCGCGAGCGGCGGCGGCGGCGAGACGACGCCGGAGAUGAUGGGCGGCGGCGACGGCGGCCGAGAGAAGACGGGGCGCGCGGCGGGUGCGCGCGGAGCGUCCGACGACGCGCCGUCCGCGCGCGCGCUGCGAGCGCUCGGCGACGCGAGCGCGGUGACGCGCGCGGCGACGAGCACCCUCUCCGCGCUGCGAUGA